AUGACUGCUGGUGUCACGCAACCCCCCUACCCCCUCCACGAGUCCGUUAAGGACCUGCUGGACCCGGAAUAUGUGGCCUUCUACAACGAGCAUGUUAUCAACAACCAGCAAGUCCACCUCCAACCCGUAGAGGCGUCGCGAACAAGCGGUGUCUUGAUUCCUGGCGCAGGUCCUAUGCUAGAUGUGGGUAAGACCCAGGACAUCACCAUCCAGCGACGCGCUACCGACGGUCCCCCUGUGCCGAUCCGCUGCUUUACUCCCAAGGGUCACGCUCCUCCUAGAGGAUGGCCGGUGAUGCUAUAUUUCCACGGUGGUGGCUGGGUGUUGGGUAAUAUUGACACGGAGAAUGUGGUGUGCUCGAACCUCUGCGUUCGGGGAAAUUGCGUGGUGGUGACAGUCGAUUACCGACUCGCACCGGAAAACCGCUGGCCUGCCGCCGUCCACGACUGUUGGGAAACACUACUCUGGCUAAUCGCGGACGGCCCCGCCACACUCGGAGUAGACAUAUCCAAAAUGGCAACCGGGGGCUCCUCAGCCGGCGGCAACCUGGCCUCAAUCAUGACGCAGAAAGCCCUGACCCUGUCACCGCCAGUUCACUUCCGCGCACAACUCCUCUCAGUCCCCGUGACCGACAACACGGCCACUGUCGAGAACAACGAGUCCUAUCGUAAAUAUGAGCGGACCCCCGCUCUCCCCGCACUGAAGAUGUACUGGUACCGCGAUCACUACGUUCCCAACGAUGCCGACCGGACCAACCCCGAGGCUAGCCCGUUGUUCUGGCAGGGUGAUUAUUCGCAAUUGCCGCCGGCACUGGUUAUGGUUGGUGAACUGGAUGUGUUGCGCACUGAGGGCGAGCAGUAUGCUGCGAAGUUGGUUAAGGCGGGUGUCGAGGUUGAUUUGCAGGUUAUGAAGGGGAUGCCGCAUCCGUUCCUUGCUAUGGAUGGGGCCUUGUCGGAGGGUAAGAGGUGUAUUACUUUGAUGUGUGAUGCUCUGCAGAAGGCUUUCUGGCAGUGA